CUCCCGCCCCCGCCUGGAGUCCGACGUGGAAGUUGCUGGCUAAGUGGGCUUGCGAGGAAACCGCCUCGGAGCUGCAGCCGAAGGCCAAGGAAUCACUGAAGAUCGGCGAGGGAGGACAGGCGGUUCAUCAUGGGUGGCUUUUUCUCAAGUAUAUUUUCCAGUCUGUUUGGAACUCGGGAAAUGAGGAUUUUAAUUUUGGGAUUAGAUGGAGCAGGAAAAACCACAAUUUUGUACAGAUUACAAGUUGGAGAAGUUGUUACUACUAUACCUACCAUUGGAUUUAAUGUAGAGACGGUGACAUACAAAAACCUUAAAUUCCAAGUCUGGGAUUUAGGAGGACAGACAAGUAUCAGGCCAUACUGGAGAUGUUACUAUUCAAACACAGAUGCAGUCAUUUAUGUAGUAGACAGUUGUGACCGAGACCGAAUUGGCAUUUCCAAAUCGGAGUUAGUUGCCAUGUUGGAGGAAGAAGAGCUGAGAAAAGCCAUUUUAGUGGUGUUUGCAAAUAAACAGGACAUGGAACAGGCCAUGACUUCCUCAGAGAUGGCAAAUUCACUUGGGUUACCUGCCUUGAAGGACCGAAAAUGGCAAAUAUUCAAAACAUCAGCAACCAAAGGCACUGGCCUUGAUGAGGCAAUGGAAUGGUUAGUUGAAACAUUAAAAAGCAGACAGUAAUUCAGUCCGUUCUUCUCCCCUGAAACGAAGACUACAUCACCCUUCGGAAACAGACAAGUGUACUUCACACUACUAGAUGUUAAAACUAUAUGAUUGUUGGCAUAUACUGACUGACUGCAAUGUUUGUGGUAAAUAGGGAAAAGAAAUAUUUGGUUGGAGGGAUAAUUCGAUCGAAUCACCUGAAUGUUCUAUGUAAUGUAAAAUAUUCUUUUCUUGCUUUCUUGUGUUAAGGUAUAUAUUCUAUUUGUAUGGAAUUCUUAUUCAAAUACAGUUCUAUUAAAGAAUGUACUCCUAUUGGAUGAAAAAACCUAUUUUUGAAUAGUAGUUGCAGCUUGUUUGUAUAAAUACUAAAAAAUAUCUUAACAGAUUUUUUCCCCCUUAAAAUGAAUUAUCUUUCCAAAGAUUAGACUCAGUAGAGUAGGUGAGGAACAUAGUGUGUAUAAUAUAAUCUUUAUUUGCUUAUCUGACCACUUUUUAUUAAGCUGUUUUGUUUAAAAGCUUUUGGUUCUAGGCAUGAAUAUUAUUUUGAUGGUUAACUUCAUUGACUUAUCUGCAAUUGUCAUUUUAUAGUACUUUACAGUUGUCAAAAAAAAAUCUUAUGUUGACUUAGCUGAUCUGUACAGGAAGCUUGUGAAGUAGGUAGGACAGGUUAUGAUGUCUUCACUGUAUGGACAUGGACCCAGGUUGGCUUGCCCAAGGUCACCUGCUAGCUAGUAAGGUGGGAAUAAGGCUCAAAGUAAAACUUUUGGUUCAGAAGCCUGACUUAUAAACUAUACUAUAUAUUCCCAAAAAUGUCAGUAUUGACAACACAGUCUAACUCUUUAAUAAAAUUAUGCUAAUUAAAGCAGUUACAUUCAAAA